AUGGAUUUGAGAAGUGAAACAAGCACAAGAAGGGAAGAUGAAGAACUUCGCUAUGAAGAAGAAGAAGACAGGACAGGAUCUGAAGGAAGCAGACGUACAGAAUUACAGAAGUCGGAAAUAGCAUGUCUCUUUGAAAUGUUUAAGGAAAUGGAAAAAAAUCGAAAAGAACAGGAAAGAAAGUACCAAGAACAGAAGAGAACGGAAAAGGAACAGCAGAAAAAAUUGCGGGAACAGGAAGAGGAAGAGCAGAAAAAAGUGCGAAAACAGGAAAAAGAGGAGCACGAAAAUAUGCGAAAAUUGGACAAGGAAGAGUUGAAACAAGUAAUAGCUGAAAACACAGAAAACAUAAAAAUAGCAUUGGAAAAGAAAUUAGAAGAAAUUAAACAGGAAUUAAACAAGGAGCAAGAAAAAUUUCAAAGUGAAAUAAAAGAGAGGAUAAAUACAAUUGAGCAGAAAACCACAGAUUUAGAAGAAAUACAUAAGACUAGGGAAAACCAAUACAAUAAUAGAAUACACAAAAGAAAAAUGAGGAAAUCGAAAAAGAAAUUAAUUUACGACCACAGCGUUGUCGGCGAAGGUUUGGCUGGGUGUUCCACCGACCUCGUUCGACGGACGUUGUCCGUCACAUCAACCGAACUGCUGGUUUGGCUGGGUGUCCCACCGCCAGUGGAAGACGUUGAGUGCAGGUUCAUAUGGCAGCAGCGUUAUCGGCGACGGUUUGACUGGGUGUCCCACCGCCUUCGUUCGACAAACGUUGUGAGCCCCUUUACUGAAACUGCUGGUUUGGCUGGAUGUCCCACCGCCAGUAGAGGACGUGAAGGUGUCGGACUGUACGGCAGCAGCGUUGUUGGCGAAGGUUUGGCUGAGUGUCCCACCGCCCAAGCUUGA